AUGGCAGAGCUUUCCUCUUACCGGUGGACAAUACUGGGUGUCUUCCUUGUCUGCCUCACGCUUGUUGGAAGCCUGCUCGUCUAUUGGCCUUCGCAUUUGAACACAUUUCACGGACCAAAGCAGACCCAAUCCAGUAGCCCUGUUAAUGUCACCAAAACCACUGUCCUGAUUUGGUACUGGGCGUUUGGAUCUAAUCAGGGCAUAAGGGGAACUGUGUGCAAAGACAGGUUUGGCAUAACCAACUGCAUUUUGUCAGAUGAUCAGUCAUUGUUCUCUAAGGCAGAUUUUAUUGUCUUCCACAACCGUGAGCUGAUCACUGGACAACAGAGGCUGCCAUUACAUUUAUCCCGCCCACAAAAUCAGGGGUGGGUGUGGUUCUCCAUAGAAAGCCCAGCCCACAAUGGCAAUUUGAGGCCUUUUGCUGGCAAGUUUAACUACACCAUGUCAUAUAGACGUGAUGCAGACUUCUUUAUGCCAUAUGGCUGGUUGGCACCACGCCACGUUGCACCUGGUAUGACAGUUGAAGAUUUAAUUCCAAAAAAGAAAUCUCAUUUGGCUUGCUGGAUUGUGAGCAAUUAUGCAGCCCAUCAUAGGCGAACACGGGUAUACAAUCGACUAAAACAAGUCAUUAAAGUGGAAGUGUAUGGAGGGGCAGUACACAGACGCUUGGAUGGUAAAGACAAGCUACCCACCAUAUCUCACUGCUACUUCUACCUGGCCUUUGAGAACUCUGAAUUCCAAGACUACAUCACAGAGAAGUUAUGGAGCAAUGCCCUCGAAGGAGGCGCUGUGCCUGUAGUUUUAGGCCCAUCUAGGCGGAACUAUGAGGCCAUGAUUCCAAAAGAUUCCUUCAUUCAUGUGGACGACUUCAGGUCUGUAGAGGAGCUUGGACAAUUCUUGAAGCAGGUUGCAGAGGACAGGGAACGCUAUGCGUCGUAUUUCAAAUGGAAACUGAACUACACAGUGGCACACACAAGCAACUGGCUGGUGGAGCCUCAGUGCAGAAUUUGCACAAAAAUCAACACUUUACAAAGACCCAAAGUUUAUAGGGAUUUACAGUCUUGGGAAUACAAAUGAAAUGAGACAGA